CCAACUAUUGAAAGGAAAUUCUCUAACAAGAUCUCAAAAGUGCAAAUCGAACCCAAAAUUUCUUUCUACUUGAAAUUACUGUAACUGAACAGCAUCUGCAAUCGGUAGAUAAUAACCAAACUCAAGCAAUCGCAAGAGACCCGAGUGCGAAAGCCGCUCGUCCUCUCUCGCUUCUCCAACAAGUGUGCAAGACCAGUUGUUGAAGCUUUUUUCUUCACUCAUGGGUGAUAUAGGUUUAGGAGGAGAAAGAUUGGGGAGCUUGGGGAGGAGGGUUGGAGGUGCAGAGACCCAUCAAAGUUUUUGAAGCUUCCUCCCCAAACAAACAAUUUUGAGAUUUCAAUUACGAGAAUCAAAUAUCCUUACUAUGGAUUUGAAAAUCUUGGGUUCUAACUUUUUAGAAUUCAAUUUACAGUGAAGCUUUGGCUUUGGGAUCUUUUUGAUGGUGUUUGUGUUGCAGAGGAGAGAGAUAGGCGUUGCAAGAUGAAAGAAGGAAGAAAACAAUGAACAAAGAAGUAAUUUUGUCUAUGAUGAGCUGUUCACCCCUGACCACACGAUUGAACGAACGGUUGAGAUUUUAAAAAUUCUAACAAUUUCAACAAAACCCAAUCCAGCCCCCCCUAUCCUCAAAAGUUGACUGUCUUGUUAUGAUUAGUAUUCAAGGACGGGAACUAAACUGUCAUACCUGGACGAGCCUUGGGCAUAGCCUGUAGGUCGUGCCGCCAAGGUGGGCUAUGGGCCAAGUUCCUGUCUACAAACAUUGGGUCAUGGGUUGAUUAGUCAAAAGAGAACUGUUCUGGGUUUACCCAUACCUGAAUUGGGCUUUCAUUUCUAAGCAAAAUGAUUACCAGUUUGAAUUUCCUUCAAUCUUUCACAAACCCAAUUCUGCAUUUUCUGAUGUAAUACAAAACCCUUCUCGUCAAACUAAGUGAGCUUUGAGAUUUAAGCAUUCAAGCCCCCUUUAUGGUCUCUAGUCUUUACCAGAGAGUUUCCAAGCUCACCCAUCUCCCCCCUUCUCUCUCUAGAACAUUAAUUCAAAGCCAAACAAAGACUAGGGCGGACGAGCAUGAAAGGCGAAUACAUAGAACCUCAUCAGCAACACAGAAACGAAGGCAUCUUCUCCAAGCUCAACCCCUUCUCCCACCACUUCCCCGAAGACGAAGACAUCGCCGCCUCGGCCCAAUCCCACAAGCCCAACGAGCCCGGUAAUGAGGGGGCCACCAUUGAGAUCGUUCGCCGGCCCAGAGGAAGGCCUCCCGGCUCCAAGAACAAGCCGAAUCCGCCUGUUAUUAUUACUCGCGAGCCUGAACCAGCCAUGAGUCCUUUUGUCCUACAAGUUCCUGGUGGAAACGACGUCGUUGAUGCUUUAUCCCGAUUUUCUGGCCGUAGGAAUCUCGGGCUGUGUGUUGUCACGGGAUCGGGUUCCGUUGAUAACGUCACUCUGCGUCAGCCCUCCACGACGAAUCCCGGAGCUACCAUCACGUUCCACGGUCGUUUCGACAUACUCUCCAUCAACGCCACGUUUCUUCCCCAAACGACGUCGCAUCCGUCUCCUAAUAUCUUCACGAUCUCGCUGGCGGGACCGCAGGGGCAAAUCGUCGGUGGAGUGGUUGCAGGCGGGUUGAUGGCUGCGGGUCCGGUGUUUUUAAUUGCUACGUCGUUUAACAAUCCGAGUUACUAUACGUUACCGCCUGAGGAAGAGGCGUGGAACUCGGUUUCUGGCGGCGGAGGUGGAGGAGAUGGACAUUCUCCGUUGGUUUCCGGUGGAUGUGGAGAGAGUGAGACUCCGGGAGAUGAAUCGCGAGGGAUGCCUGUGUAUAGUUGGAAUUUGGGGUCUGAUGUAAUUUGGGCACCCACUGCAAGGCUACCGCCUUAUUGAGGGAUGAGGGUUUGAAUUUCAUAAUCUGCUUAAUUAAUUUCGUGAAAUUUAAUUGUUCUUUGUUUUUAUUUU